UAUAAACAACAUCAGUCAACCUAGCCAUGCUGUCUGAAGAAGCCAGAAGCUGAAACAUUGUUUAUCUAUCACUUCAUGAGUAUUUCUAGUGAUUGAGGAGUAUCCUGUGGGGUCCUGAUUCUCAAUGGACACAGAGCCUUUUGCUGUUUUGAAAAUCUGCUACAGAAUCUAUUUACAUACAGUACAUUGAACACAGCAAUUUACAAUAUGGUAAAGAUGAUAAACUCAUUAAGCACAAAGUGACUUUAGAGAAAGAUUACAACACAAAUAGGUUAAAUCUUAUACUGUAAAAUCAAUAAAAAUGGACAGAGCUACACAUAUUAGUGUAUUAGAUUAGAGAACAGCCCUGCUGUUUUGAAUGGAGUUUCCUAUACUGCACUACCAUAGCGCUGGUACCACAAUGGGCCGUGUGGCUUUUUGUUUGUCACAUGAACACCACAUAGAUCCGUCUAACCAUGGAUUCCCAGAGGUUUUAUUCCCCAUAUCAAUCUGAUGGGGUUUUCUUCAUCCUCUUCAGAGUGGUAACGGAUCACGCCAGCAUCAAGGUGAACGAAUGGCCCUUUCUCGUUCUGCACUUUCUUAUGUAAGAUUUGAUCUUGAAAAUCCUAGCAGUUACAUGUGAAGCACACCAUAGAGUUACUAUAUGAGAAGCAUAACAUUAUUGCAACAACAAUGUUAUAGUAAUCUAUUAGACCUCUGAGAACAGCAGAUAUAGAGUAUGCUGUUGUAUUCUACAGAUAUUUGGGGAUCAAACUCUUUUCUGCGUACUUUCUGUAAUUAGUCCAUGCAGACUUACAGUAAAUAAGCGGUACUGUGAUUAUGUUAUUCUCUUGCGCCCCCUGGUGGCUAUAAAAUGCCAAUUGUAUUGCACAACUAGUAUACGAGGUGGGGUCGAAAGAAAAACAGUGAAGUUCACAACACAGACGGUUGUCUAGUGUCAAUUUGUGACACGUCUACGAUGUUCAUUUAAGUGUCUUUAAGCGCAGGUAAACAUUGUUUUUCUGCUGUUUUUGUUUGUUUAUCGUGUACAACAUUAGUCUUACAGUAAGGUUUCCACCCUCUUUACAGGAAGUGCCGUGCAUCUGUUUCGUUUUCAUAUUUUAUGUUAUUCUGAGCAGGGCGGAAGAAGUGUUUUUUGUAGAAUUGAGAACCGCGGCCAUGGCACAUAACCCACCAGCCAAGACACUUGAUCCAAGAAGACCGGAACUUUUAAUAAAAAAAAUAAAGGAUGCUGAAGGAGGCCUGGUGAAAUCUGGGAACAGGUUCAUCCUGAAGUUUCUGAAAAUUUACACCAAGCAUAAAACAUUAAUCCCUGGACACAUGGCUGAGGUGCUACACAGCAUCUUUUUUUUGGGCAACAUUAAUGACGUGAAAAUUGAUCCUAUGGAAUUCUUUACCGACGAAGUGGGGGAAGAAAUUAAGAAAGAAUUUCCAGAAGCGUUUGACAAAUAUGUCACCCACCUGCCGACCCGCACACCUUUUUCCAUCCUACUUGACGCGGUUGUGCUGAUUAAAGGCAAUCAAAAUCAAAAAGACGUAAUGGAGUAUCUGUCGGCUUUAUUAAAAGAACUGAGUGUGCCAAAACCAAAAAAGGCGACACAUUCAAACUAUUACACCUUGGAGGCCACUGUCAUCUGCAUGUGUCAUUAUGAAAGGAAUGGGCUAAAAGGUCUGAACCCUAACCCUAACUUCUAUGGAGGCUCCUUGUCCUGCAAGGGGUUGAAAGAGCGGAAGGUCAUGAUCGCGCUCUCGUGUCUGGAACCGUGGACCCCAGCAGUGGCGUAUGCCGUGGCCUUUGCAGAUGAAGGUGCUUACAUCAAGCUUCCAAAAGAUGUCAUAAGCGAAGCUUUUCAAAGAGACUUGAAAACAGACAGCUAUCUGGAAAAAGCUCCAUGCACAAACUGCAUUACUAUAUUCAAAGGGGUCUCAUUCAAGCCUCGUUAUAAAGGAAACAAUAAAAAAGAACCCUGGCCGUAUGGCAACUGCGCCGAAACAGAAUCUCUCAGCAAGCUCCUCAAGGCAGAUGUAACACUCCGUGGACAAGUAGAAGUUCAUAAUAAAACGGGGAUCGUUCACCUAGACCUUGAAACACAUCAAAUUCACAGCAAAGCCACAAAGACGCUGGUUAAGGAGCUUCAAGUGUUUCAGUUCUUCAACUUAACCCCCGCCCACUCACAGAUUUAACAUGUUAUUAAUUAGAAUUCACUGCUGUUUGUAUUCUAAUAUAUACUGACUCAUAUUUACUCAGUUAUCCUGCUUGCAUAUUCAUGUUGUUUGGUUAAUGAUUUAAGAUCAUUAUUUCCUAGAGGAAACACAAGCUACAGACAGUUGAUUAAAUGCAGUUAUUUCUAUGUAAUCAUUAUUUACACUGAAGCUAAAAUAUUACCUGAAUAUUAUUGAUGGCUGAUUUAUGCUAUUUUUAUAUGAAUCUUUUCUACUUUUGUACCGUCUCUAUUUUCUGUCCGUCAAAUUCAUAAAAGAUAUAACAGUGUUGUGUAAUUCACUGUGAAGUAUUUUAAGAGACAAUGUCAGGGUGCAGGCGUUGAUGCACAUAAGCAGGGUGGAAGCAGAUACAGGUUUUUGAGAGAGGUUACUGUGUGUGAUGUGGAGCAUCCUGUGAAACCACGUACCCGGGUCACCCUGGGUUAACUCGGGCUGACCUGGGUCGUCAGCGACCCACCUCAGGGUCGACACGCUUUGACCCGGGUCGAGCGAGACAAAGUGCAUGAUGGGAGGUUGUAAGCAGAGGACGUGACAAAUAGCCACGCCUCCAUAAAGGUUUCAUUUCCGCCUUUCUUUAUAUUCAAACACACCAUGAGCCAGACCUCUGCAGGAAUGUCAGCGCAGAGAAGCUGGAUUUCCAGGUCAUUUCGUAAGCACAUUGUGGACUUGCUUCUGUGAGCCUCGGUCGACUCUGCUUGUGAAAUGGCUUAGCCGACCCGCAUGACACCGGGUUGAGACCCAGGUAGGCUCGGGACCCGGGUCGGAGUGCCAGUGUGAAAGGGGCUGAAGUUACUGAAGUUGAAUAAGAAGUCUCCAGUCCUGACCUGAAAGAGUGCUCCCGGUUCAAGUAGAUAUGGCCACCUAUCCUGUAAGCUCAUCACUAGUAGACUACUAUAUUUAGUCUAGAAAUAUAUGUUGUAAUAAUUGUUGUGUUUCUGUAUUGCUAAUAAGCAACAAGUAUAAUCAAAUAUGUAAUCAAACAAAUAAACCAUGUGAUUUGCUUAACUGAU